AUGUUGCCUGAUUGUGAUCUUAAAAAGCCAAGGGCUGCUUGCAAUUAUUGUGGCACCAAUUAUGCGGCUGAUACAAAGUUUAAUGGGACUAGCACACUAUGGGCACAUGUGGAGAGAAAAUGUGAGAAGUGUCCUUUCAAUGACUGGGUUGAGAAAAGUAAGAAGCAAAAAGAAAGAGUUGAAGUCGAUUUUUGUGAAGCACAGAGUGUCAUUGACCAUCGUUAUUUGUGUUUGACUACACAUUGGGUUGAUGAUAAUUGGAAAAUGCAGAAGAGAAUUAUCAACUUUAUCCAAGUUCCUAGCCAUAAAGGGGACUUGGUGGGGAAAGAGUUGAUAAAUUGUCUUAAUGAGUGGGGUAUCUCCUCAGUUUUUACUGUGACGAUUGACAAUGCCUCCUCAAAUGACGUUGCUCUUAAAAUUAAAAAGGCACUUUUUAAUGAUGCAAUUUCAAGCAUUCGAAAUGCGGUGAGAUAUGUGCAGUCAUCUCCAGCUAGACUAAAAAGAUUUAAAGAAAGUUGCAAGGAUGCAAACAUGGAAUCAAAAGCCUUGUUAUGCUUGGAUGUGGUUACUAGGUGGAACUCCACCUACUUGAUGUUAGAAUUUGCUAUAAAUUUCAAGAAGGCUUUUGAGAAUUUGGAAGCAGAUGCGAACUAUACAAAGUACUUUGAUGAAGAAAGAAUGGAUGGCCCACCAACCAACCUAGACUGGGAAAAAGCAGUUGUAUUUGUUGACUUUUUGAGUAGAUUCUAUGAUCUUACUAAUCGAUUUAGUGGGUCAUUAUAUGUCACAUCCAAUCUAUCCCUUCCAGAUAUUUUGAAGAUUCAAGCUGAUUUAACUACUAUGACUUCUAAUCCUGAUACUUUGUUAGGGGCUAUGGCAGUUAGUAUGAAACGAAAGUAUGAUAAGUACUGGGGAAGAAUUGAGAAGCUGAAUAUGUUGACUUUUAUUGCCAAUAUCCUUGAUCCAAGGUAUAAAUUAGAGGUUGUGAAUCGUGGUUUCAAAUUUGUAUACACUUCAAGUGAGGCUGAAAAAAUGAUAAAGUUGCUGACAAAUACUUUGGCACAGCUGUAUGCUUUUUAUAAACAACAACAACCAUCUCAGUCAUCUCAAGCUCAACCAUCUCAAUCUCAAUCUCAGUCUCAACCAUCUCAGCUUGUUAUCAAUUCCACUACAGAAUCAUUUCUUCAAUGGCAACUACGACUUAGUGAUGACAUUGAAGAAGAUAGUCUUGAAUACCACUUGAGUGAUCGUCGUGAGAAGCUUGAUCCUAUCUUUGAUAUUCUACAAUGGUGGAAAUAG